CAUGCUCCACAUUUUAUUAUUGAAGUCAAAUGCUAAUGGUUUGUAGACUACAAUUGCCUUUUUGAAGCUUGCUGAAGUCUAGCCUUCUCUAAACUGCAGACACAAUGGCUGCCCGAACGAAAUGUUUCUUCGAUAUGACCGCUGGUGGAAAAAGCGUUGGUCGCAUUGUGAUGGAAUUGAGGAAUGACGUUGUGCCAAAAACUGCAGACAAUUUCCGUGCCCUGUGUACUGGUGAGCCAGGAUUCGGCUACAAAGGUAGUCCCUUUCAUCGCAUCAUUCCAGGAUUCAUGUGCCAGGGUGGAGACUUCACCAACCGCAACGGCACUGGUGGCAAGUCCAUCUAUGGAACGAAGUUUGCCGACGAGAACUUCACUCUGAAACACACGAGUGAGGGUAUGUUGAGUAUGGCCAAUGCUGGGCCCAACACGAAUGGCUCACAGUUUUUCAUCACAACGGAGAAGACCCCAUGGUUGGAUGGAAAGCAUGUUGUCUUUGGCACAGUUGUUGAGGGAAUGGACGUGGUCAGAUCCAUUGAGAAGCUGGGUUCUCGCAGUGGUGACCCAUCAACCACAGUACUCGUCGAUACUUGUGGUGUCUUGGAAACUGAGCUUUAAACGGCACGGUGAUAGAAUACGUGCUGUAGCAUGCCUGAUUUGGCUGGCAAGGUUGUGUGUAUACAUUGUACUAGUGUCAAAACUGUGCCGAUAGGGCUGCAGCAGCAUGCUGUCAAUAUCUGCCACGUGCUACAAUCACUGGUCACUGCCAGCUGUUUAUCAAACGAACUGCGUGGGCCGGACAUUCUGUCCAGUGCGGGGGAGCUCCCGCCGCCUUUUGUGGAGCAGCAGCGGAUUGAGAUCGGCCUGCAACUUUGUUGCGUUUUGCUAUUGUGUUGCUUUGGUAGCGGCACACAGGUUUCAGACAUAGCUUACUGGCUUGACUAAACUUCGAGCAGCGGCCUUUACUUUCUCAUUCCGUUCAGUACUUUUCGCAGUACUACAGCUGGUGUUGAACCAUAACCCAACCUAAGCAGGCAUAAUUUCAAGUGUUGGAGUUUAAUCUUUUUGGUUUCUUUUUCAUUUGUGUGUUGACAUGUUAACCGAACUUGAGCAUUUCCAGUUUUUGUCCUCUAG